GUCAAUGGCGCCGUGCGGUGCUCUGAUAGGGAGGCCGUCGAGAUGGCACAGCACCUCAUCCGGAACGAUGGCCUCUUUGUGGGUUCCUCGGCAGCGGUGAACUGCGUGGGGGCAGCAAAAGUGGCCCGGUCCCUGGGGCCCGGCAGCGUUGUCGUCACAAUCCUGUGCGACGGGGGGCACAGGCACCUGAGCAAGUUUCACAGCCCGGCGUACUUGGCGGGCGUGGACCUGACUCCCCGGGCCACAGGCUCGGACUUGUCGUUCCUGGAGUGA